AUGGACUUCGGCAGGGUGAAGAUCUUUCACCACAUCGAUGCCAGCGCAGCAAAGGCAAUGCUGGAACGUUCCGGAGUUGGAAAAGUGCGCAUCUUUCUUGCCGAAUUCUAUGGCAUUCUAUGGUGCCAACAAUUGAUUAAAUCCGGCGAGGUUGCUCUGCUGAAGAUCAGUGCCACAUUCAAUCCGAGUGACCUCGGAACGAAGGGGCUAAGCCGGGCAAGAACACUCAUGUUGAUGUGCAUUUUGCGUGUGUGGGAUGAGAUGUGUGAGUGCUUCGUUGGUGCCCAAGAGCUUCGAGAAGAGAGAGAGAAACAGAGUAUCAAGCAGAACAUGAAAGUGAUUCGCAACAUUCGUGUGCCGAUCAUGAUCUCAAAGAGUGCUUUGCGUGCAAUGGUUUCGGCCACUUUGGUUUCGGGUGCAAGCGCCUUGGGCUUUGGCGGCGCGUUUGAGAUGUUCGCGAUGCUGUAUGCCCUGAUGUUUGAAGAGUUCCCGAUGAUGACGCUCAUGAUGCUCUACCUCUUCACGUUGGCGGUGAUCGGGACGAUCUUGUGCAUGCGGCCCCAGCUGACUGUGAUUGUGAAGGGCUUUGACAAGUCAUUGUGUAGCGGUGAGCGGGCCAUUGACAUUUCAAGCCGAACGAGCUCGAAGGAUUCGAUUUCCAGCUCAGUCACCGGUGAGGAGAUGAUGAUCAAGCAAACGUGCAAGCGCAGGGUCAAAGAGCCAGUGAACCCCGUAUGGAUUGCGGGUGAGUACGGGAAGAAGUAUCACAUGCUUGGGUGUGGCAAGUUGAAUGGUUCCUUGGAGGUGAGCGAGAUAUCCGAGGAAGAUGCAAUCGCCAAGAGUUUGAAGCCAUGCUCAUUUUGCAAUCCCCGCAAAGUGUAUCAUCCCGAAGAGUUUGUCACGAAGUCAAAGAUGAAGUGA